CAGUGUCCUUUCGCUUUGCGGCAGGGUAGCAUGUGGAGGUCAGAGAUGUAGAAACGCUUCGUCAGAGACUGAAAACUUUAAUAAACAUCAGCGUUUGAUAAGUCGACAUAGUGUCAUCUAUGCGGAUUUACAUCAGACGAUAGAGCACACAAGGCUGCCAGUAAAGAGAUCUGGUGUGGAUAGUCUCCAUCAGUUUGACGCGGGUCAGUAAGGAAGAAGUCUGAUCAUCGAAGCCGUUUUUACUGUAUAAUCUCCGAAAACAUGGAUAACAACACACCGCCACCGGGAGGAUUUAAAGGACUCGGGGGCAUUUUUGGUGGAGGAACCCCUGAGUUCAACACUGAGCUUUCCGGAGUACCACUGACUGGAAUGAGUCCUCUUUCCCCAUACCUCAACGUUGACCCUCGUUACCUCAUACAGGACACAGAUGAGUUCAUCUUGCCAACUGGGGCAAAUAAAACUCGUGGUCGCUUUGAGCUGGCCUUCUUCACCAUUGGUGGAUGCUGUAUAACAGGAGCUGCUUUCGGGACACUUAAUGGUCUUCGUAUGGGUCUGUCAGAAACUAGAGACAUGCCAUGGUCAAAACCCAGAAAUGUACAGAUUUUGAACAUGGUCACACGACAAGGGGCAUCGUGGGCCAACACACUAGGAUCAGUAGCUCUUUUGUAUAGCGUCUUUGGUGUGGCCAUUGAGAAGGCCAGGGGUGCAGAGGAUGACCUCAACACAGUGGCAGCUGGAACAUUAACCGGGAUGGUAUUUAAAUCCACUGGUGGAUUCAAAGGAGUUGCCAGAGGAGGUCUCAUUGGUUUAGCCAUGUCAGGGUUGUAUGCUCUGUACAACAACUGGGAUCACCUAAAGGGGAAAUCUCCUUCACAUUACUGAGGAUGACUGAGAGCUCAAACCAUGGACUUAUUUUGACUCUGAGCCAAUUCUUAGUAUUUUUUGCCCCCUUUUGUAUUCAUCCAUUUCGACAAGAUACAAAUGGACCACCACGAGUGCACAGAUUCUUCAAAGUUAGGUUAAGUAUAAUAUUUAAAUGGAAAUACCAAACUGCCUCCAAGUAUGUGGACUAUGUUGCAAUGAGUUAGCUGGUAACAUCGUGUUCGUUGAUGUAUGUUUUUGUUGAUGUUAAGUUGCUGAUGUUAAGGAACUCUAUGCUUUGAUUUUGAGGUUUUAUCUGUUGUCAUUGUGGAUUUAUGCAUUUUGUCAGUGCUGAUUAAACUGGGCUCUUCCUCUUUGGAAUGGUCUGUAAUAAAAUGCAAGUUCCUGCUGUUUAA